AUGGCCGAUCCCCGUGUCGAAGAACUCCCGGACGAGGAAGUCCCCAAGACCAACGUCGAAGAUGCCGGCAGCGACUCCGAGUCCGAGGCUGGCGAGGAGCCCACCAUCCCCGGUGGCGCUGCCGUUGCUGUCCACUCUCGUAACGAGAAGAAGGCCCGCAAGGCCAUUGGCAAGCUCGGUCUGAAGCUCGUCCCCGGCAUCACUCGUGUCACUUUCCGCCGCCCCAAGAACAUCCUCUUCGUCAUCAACCAGCCCGAGGUCUACCGUUCUCCUUCCAGCAACACCUGGAUCAUCUUCGGUGAGGCUAAGAUCGAGGACCUGAACGCCCAGGCCCAGGCUUCCGCCGCCCAGCAGCUCGCUGCCCAGGAGGCCGCCCAGGAGCACGCCGGCCACGAGCACGAGGACAUCCUCGGCAAGGCCAAGGAACCUGAGGCCGAGAAGAAGGAGGCGGAAGAGGAUGACGGCGAGGAGGUCGACGAGAGCGGCCUGGAGGCCAAGGACAUCGAACUGGUUAUGGCCCAGGCUAAUGUGUCCCGCAAGAAGGCCGUCAAGGCCCUACGGGAGAACGACAACGACAUCCGCAGCGCCGCUCUCAAGAUCGACUGGGUCAAGGUGACCAGCUCCCUCGGCCUCCGCGGUCAGACCGCCGCCUCCCUCCAGGCCUUUAAGAAGCGUAACGAUGAUGCGCGCCGCAAGGUCCAGAUUCUGUCCGAGCAGCCCCAGACCGUCGACUUCGCCCACUACCGCCAGAUCCUGAAGAACCAGGCCGUCGUCGAUGAGAUCGAGAACCAGUUCAAGAACUUCAAGCCCGCCACCUACGAUGUGAGCCGCCAGCUCAAGGCCAUCGAGGCCUUUGAGGCUCAGGCCGUCCAGAACGCCGAGCAGACCAAGGGCAAGGUGGAGGCCGAACUCCGCAACCUCCAGAAGACCCUGGAGAACAUCGAGACCGCCCGGCCGUUCGAUGAGCUCACUGUGGACGAGGUUGCCGCUGCUCAGCCCGAGAUCGACGAGAAGACCGCUUCGCUCGUCUCCAAGGGCAGAUGGAUGCCGGCUGGCUACAAGGAGCGCUUCGGCGACAUGUCCGUUGUUUAA